AUGGACAACAGGUCCACGUCCUACAUCACCCUCGCCGCCGUCUCCCUUGCCGCCGGUCUUGCAGCCUAUGCUGUAUACUUCGACUACAAGCGGAGGAACGAUGUCGAGUUCCGCAAAAAGCUCAAAAAGGAGAAAAAACGCGUCGAGAAAGCCGUAGCCCAGAGCAAACAGAGCGAGCUCGCAGAGUCCUCGGGUGAAAUUGACGAGCAGGCCCUCCGCGAAGUCAUCAAAACAAUUCGGAGUGAACCAGGUCCCCAGACCUCGGACGAAAAAGAGGGCUACUUCAUGUCCCAAGUCAGCAUCGGCGAACAACUCUCUCUUCAAGGCCCCAGGAUGUACUUGCCAGCUGCAGCUGCCUUCUUUCGGGCGCUCCGAGUGUACCCUUCCCCCGUCGAGCUUAUUGGUAUCUAUGAAAAGACGAUUGUUGAUCCUGUUUUCAAGGUGUGCUGCACACUUUUCCCGCUUGCGUAUUAUUCACCGACAACAUUAUUCACAGCUGGUCAUGCAAUUAACUCAGUUAGACAUCUCGACGACAACGCUACUCCACCUAGGGGCCCUCCGUCUGAGACCUCCUCUCAGGAAUGGGACAAAUUGACGGAUCCCGACUCUCAUCCAUCAGCCUAA